CCUGUUUUCUGAUUGGCUGAAAUUUAAAGGUCAAAGGUUUUCCUGUUUUGUAACUUAGGAUACAUUACAUUAAACGAGAGCCCUUCUCACAAACAUUUGGUAUUUAAAAGUACUUUUUUCAUUAUAAUGUAAAGAAAAAAGGCUUAUAGGUGUUGUCGCUUAUUUAUUGACCCGUAAUUCUUUAAUGUUUUGCUCGUAGCGGACAUACGCUAGGCAUGCUAAUGUUAGCCGUGUAGCUAGCUAGCUUAUAAUAAAAGUCCAGAUUCAAUGUUUUAUCACAGCGAAUGCUGACAUCGUAGACAACCAGAACACGGUUUUCUUAGUUUUUUUGUUGGCGCUAUGGCACCGAUUCGGUUUUUGCGGCUGCUUAAUGCGAAAGCUGCUAACUCGAUGAAAACAUUAGUCCGUCCCGGGUUCUGUACGUGCUCCAGAAGAAAUGUCUGCAGUUCACCUUCAAGGCUGCAGAGCUACAUGUCAGCCUGGGUCAUUGAUCAGUAUGGCUCUAAUGGAGUUCUGAGGUUUACAGAGGAAAUCGCUCUGCCUGUUAUAAAUGUCGCCAGCGAGGUGAUGAUAAAAGUCAACGCAGCCAGUCUGAACCCUCUGGAUGUUGCAAUGAGGGGAGGGUAUGGAGCUACACUGCUGAACCUCAGAAGAGAUCCUUCAUCUGUACUGAGCAGCUCAGAUGAAUUUCCUCUGAUUUUGGGUCGUGAUGUGUCAGGAACUGUGGUCGAUUGUGGAUCUGGAGUUACACAUUUUGCUCCUGGAGAUGAGGUGUGGGCGGCCGUUCCUCCUUGGAAACAAGGCAGCCUUGCAGAGUAUGUGAAGCUAACAGAGUAUGAGGUUUCCCACAAACCAAAAUCUUUGAGUCACGUAGAAGCGGCGUCCAUCCCGUACGUCGCCAGCACUGCUCUGUCUGCUCUCGUCAACGCUGGUGGUCUUUGCAGAGAAAGCUGCUCAGAUAAAAGAGUUCUGAUCACUGGAGCAUCAGGAGGGGUGGGAACAUUUUCAAUUCAGCUGUUAAAAGCUUGGGGUGCACAUGUAACCGUUACGUGCUCCCAAAACGCGGAGGGUCUCGUCAGAGGACUGGGGGCGGACGAGGUCGUGGACUACACAGCUGAAGACGCACCGGAACAACUAGAAAUGAUGGCGAAGUUCGAUGUCGUUUUGGACAACGUGGGCGGCGACACAGAGCGGUGGGCGAUGGGCCUGCUGAAGCCGUGGUCGGGGGCGAAGUACGUCACGCUGGUGUCGCCUCUGCUCCUCAGCACUGACUCCAUGGGCCUGGUGGACGGGACCUUUCAGGCUGGAUGCGCGCUCCACAAUAAGGCCUUCGAGAACAUGCUCUCCAGAGGCGUUUUCUACAGGUGGGCGUUCUACGAUCCUUCCAGUGGUGGAGGCCCAGUUCCCUUUCGCCCAGGUGCCUCAGGCUUUUCAGAAACUGGAGCACGGCCACGCCAGAGGGAAGACCGUGGUCAAGGUGUCUGAAGAGGACGACAGCUGCAGAGAAACUGCAGAAUCAGAGGAGGAGAUGCAAGAAAAAGCCGAAUUACCCUGAUCUUCGUCUGCAGGGAGGAAGAGUGUGCCAAAGGUUGUAACACUUGUUUGAGAUAUUUUAAGGUGCUUACAUUUCAUUCUGUUCAGUUUUAUGCUGCAAUGGGAGGAAAAAGUGUUUCUGUUACAAGUAUUCAUGUAAACCUGAACACAAUGUUCAUCUCGUUUUUGCACUAUUUAAAAAUAAAAGUUGGACAAAAAUCUGUUUGAGAUAUUUAUUGACAAAAUAUUUAUAUCCAAGGAACACAAAAGGUUCUGAUUACACACAAUUACUUUGUUCGGUAUGUGGCUGGAAUGUAAGGAAAUACAAAUAUUUUCUAGCACGGUCAAAAGAUUGAAAAAUCUUAAAAUUUUACAACUUUAGUGUUAUAUCUUACAAGUUCAGUUUGGAAACUUUUCUCCGCUUGUUAUAGAAUUUCCACAUCCCAUCUCUGCUGUAGUUUGUGUGGAUCCAGAGUGUUUAAAAUCACGUGCUUCUUAUCGUACUGAUGUCCACCUGAAACACAUCAGGGAUUUCCUUUGUUAUACAGAUUUAUUAAAAACUUUUAGUGGAUUUUAUGCCCACUAGGGGGCACCAACUCAUCAGUUUUGACAUCAGCUAGUACAUGUGUAAAAGUCUCACCUUUGACUUCCAGGACGAGGUCAGGGGUGAGGGUGUAGCGAACAAACCCCUCCGGAGUGAUGCUCCACGGGUGAAUUUGAUCAUCAAACUUUGGCGUGACUCCCGCUCUGCUUCCGGGGAUUGUGACGCUUCCACUCGGGCUUAGGCAGUACUCCUCAAACAGCUGGAAGUACGAGUCAUUACUACGUCAUCUACCACUUUAAACAUCAGCUGAUCCUCGUACCUUGCAGUACAGAUGCCCAUCCUGGUACAGCCAAAUCUGCUCCAAGCCGCCCGUUUCCUCCGUUUCUUGGAUCCGCAGCAUUUUGACGUCGUCGAAAUCCCCGGUGAUGGACAUCAUCAUCCCCGACUGUCUGUUCCGUAAGCGGAAGUACACGUGUUUCUGC